AUGCAAAAGGCAAUGAAAAGCGCAGAAUAUAUAAAAGCUAACAAUGACUGGUUAGAUGCCCAAGCCAACGCUAAAGCAGCCCAACUUAUAGGGUCAAUAAGGACAAAAAUACAAGCGGAUGAAGACAGUUCAAAUGAAGCUUUAAUGAAUGCUGACUUUAAGAACGCCUUCGAAGCUCUUCAUAGUAAGGUGAAACUAGUGAACGACUUCUCAUCUGGAAAGAAACUGAAGUCUGAAGGUUUCGACAAAGAGUUAAGAGAAGUAGCACAAAAUAUGACGAAAAUAACAGAUGCAGCAACGAGACAGGCAGUUCAAAGUGCCUAUGACGCCGUUAGAGCAACUGUUGUGGAAAGUCAAGAAAAAGAGUUACAACAGACCAAAACAGACCUAGUAAAUGCUUUCUUAAAAACGAAAAGUCAGGUAGGACAUUAUGCUGCAGAUGGAACAUAUGUGCCAGCUGGUGGAACUUAUAUACCACCAAACCCUCCAAGAGAAGCACCUGCACCAGGACUACCUAAAACAUUUACAUCGUCAUAUGGACAUAGACACAGGCAUGCACCAAAACCAACACAACAACCAACACAACAACCAGCACAACAACCAACACAACAACCAGCACAGCAACCAACAGUUCAAAAUCCUGCACAGCAACAACCACAAACAGAACAAGGACAUAAAAGAAGUAGAGAACAAGGAAACCAAGAAUUCUUAAAAAUGCUUAAAGAAGAGUGUGGUUUCCCAGAUACUGUUGACUUUAGUGACAGAUAUAAAGAAGCUAUUAGAAAGUUCAAGGAUGGAAAUACUGACCCGAACCUAUUUAGCUUUAUGGCUCAGCACCAAAACGGAUAUAAUCUCAAACCUGGAAAAUACAAGCUCGCUAAGGGAUAUGAUUUAAUAGCAUAUCAUCCAAAUGACAUGGAUGAAUUUACUCCGAGAUAUUUGAUGUCAGAGCUAAAUGACAAUUCAACUUUCGUCAUGAAACGCGUAAAAAAUAGAGACGGAACGAAAGAACAAAAGCUUAUGAAUGCGGAUGACGUAGAUAGGGAAAUUGUUGAAAACGGUCUCGGAAUAUAUGAAAUGCCAGCAGAUGAGGUACAAGAAACUCCACAGGAAGAAGUUCAGAUACAACCAGACAUGGAAGAAAUGGUUCAGCAACAACAGCUAGAAGAGCCUGAAGGAAACGAACAAGUCCCUCCUUUGGAAACUAACCUCACAGAACUAGAUGAAGAUUUGGAACAGCCGAAAAAUCUUGACCCUCAACAAGAGUAUGCGGAGAAUAUGGAAUAUUUCCAAGA